AUGUCUCCUUCUAUGGGAAACUAUCUGCAAGCUGUGCUGGGUAGCGGAUGUCCUGUCGUCAAUAGUAAUGACUUGCCAAAUGUCAAGCAAACCCAGGGCACUCCUCCGGCUUCCAUCAGCAGCAGGGACGAUACUUUCCACGACCAUGGGAGCACCGAUGCCGACUCAAAUGGUAAUGGGACUGCGACCCUUAGCAGUCCUAUGAGCCCAGACGCCCUUAACCUCAGUGGUCUGACGAUGGCCGAUAAGAGCCCUCCUGCACGGAAGAACGAGGAGCGCUACAGUCAGCCCGCUCAACGUGGCUCGAAGUACAACAACACAAACGUCUAUGUACCUCCUGGCCGUGACUUCCGAGGCAACCAUCGUGCACAGGCCUCAUACGGCAGGGGAGGCCCUGGCGGUUUUCGCAACUCUCGCGCCUGGAUGUCACCCGACGCUCAGGUCCAGCAGGAGUUCCUGAUUGUCCGUAACUCGAUGCGCCGCUUGUUCAAGAAUUCGGAUGUUGCCAAGUGGAAGCUUAGCGACUAUGUUGCUCAUAAAGAGGCGGUUGUUGCAUCAAAGGCCAACCAACUGGCGCGCCAGGUAGAGUCAAAGGAAAAGGCUCUCUACGUAUCUGGAGACAUCCACCCCGAGGUCCAGGAAUUUCUCUACAAGUGCGGGCUGCAUGGCAACUUCGAAGAGGUGGGCAACUACGGUCGCGCCCUUGGAAUGCAAACCAUCUGGUGCAACGACUGGCUGAACGGAAAAGACGAGGUAUCGCCCUGGCCGUCGCUGGCUGAGAUGAAAUGGGAGGGCGACGACCGCGCUAAGACUGGCGUCGGUCGCUUUCUACCUCUUCCCCGCGAAGAAGGUCCUCCAGGACUUAUCUGGAAUCAGUUGCCCGUGGUUGAACAGUAUCCCAUGGAUCAGGUCUGUAAGAUCCCCACUAUGGAGGACGUCUACCUCCCCGUCGACUGGGACAUCGAGGCGGAUCACGAGUAUCUCUGGAGCAAGGAUCUGGAAAAGGCCAUGGACGACUUUUUGGAGACUUAA